AUGGAGGGGCAGCAGUGGAACAGUGAGAUACUGGACAAACUUCACUCUCAGAACUCAAUCAUAUGUGGACACAUUAUGGAUUACUUGCAGCUACCAGAAAGCAUGACAGAAAAAUCUACACCUGGUGGGCAGAUUUUGGCAGAGAGUAAACAGAGAAGCUCCUCUGACAAUAUCAACUCUCCACAGACAAGUGACAACACCUGCAUACCCAAGGACUUCAGCUGCAUAUACAACAAAGAUCUACUCCCUGCUCUCAGUGGUGAGGACACAACCAAAAGUUUCUUCCAAGAGCUGGUGAACAUUCUCCUCAGCUAUGUCUGCAAGUCGUUCAGACGGAGCUCCAAAGUCCUGGACUUCCACCACCCUCACCAACUCAGAGAGGGCCUGGAGGGCUUCGGUCUGGAGCUCCCAGACCAGCCUGAGAACCUGGAACAACUCCUGGUCGACUGCAGGGACACCUUGAAGUAUGGAGUCAAAACAGGUCACCCACGCUUCUUCAAUCAGCUGUCAUCAGGGCUGGAUGUCAUCGGUCUGGCCGGGGAAUGGCUGACGUCUACCGCCAACACAAACAUGUUUACUUAUGAAGUGUCCCCAGUGUUCAUUCUGAUGGAGGAGAUUCUACUGAAGAAGAUGCAGGAGAUUGUGGGUUGGUCAGAGGAAGAGGGGGAUGGAGUGUUCUGUCCAGGUGGGACCAUGUCCAAUCUGUACAGUGUACUACUGGCCAGAUACCACUUCUUCCCUGAAGUGAAGACCAAAGGGAUGACUGCUCUGCCCAGGCUAAUCCUCUUCACAUCAGCACAUAGUCAUUAUUCAAUCAAGAAAUCUGCAGCAGUCCUUGGGAUAGGAAGUGAAAAUGUUGUGGUGGUGAAAUGUAAUGACCGGGGGAAAAUUAUCCCUGCAGAAUUGGAGUCAAGUAUCCUUACUGCCAAAGAUGAGGGUUGUGUCCCAUUCUACGUCAAUGCCACAGCAGGCACCACUGUGUACGGAGCCUUUGAUCCUCUCAAUGCCAUCGCAGACAUCUGUGAGAGCCAUGGACUCUGGCUGCAUGUUGAUGCAGCCUGGGGCGGAGGACUGUUGAUGUCCAAGCGGCACCGUGUGAAACUACAAGGGAUUGAACGAGCCUGGUCUGUGACUUGGAACCCUCAUAAAAUGAUGGGUGCUCCGCUGCAAUGCUCAGCCAUACUGGUGAAGAAAAGGGGCCUCUUGAAAGACUGCAAUCAGAUGUGUGCUGAAUACCUUUUCCAAACUGACAAGCACUACGACACCUCUUAUGACACUGGAGACAAGACCAUUCAGUGUGGCAGGCAUGUUGAUGUCUUCAAGCUCUGGCUCAUGUGGAAGGCCAAGGGUUCAGAAGGCUUUGAAUCACAGGUCAAUAAAUGUUUGGAAAAUGCUGAGCACUUGUUUGACAAACUCAAACAAAGACCAGACUUUGAACUUGUCUUCAAAAGCGAACCUGAACACAGCAACGUGUGCUUCUGGUACAUCCCACCAAGUCUGAGGAACAUGUCACCAGGUCCUGAGAGGAACAGGAGACUCCAUGAGGUGGCACCAAAAAUCAAAGCCAAGAUGAUGGAGCAGGGGAUGGCCAUGAUUGGCUAUCAGCCGCUCGGAGACAAAGUUAACUUCUUCCGAUGUGUCUUCUCCAACCCGGCCACACAGACAGAGGAUGUGGACUACCUCUUGGAGGAGAUCGCUUCUCUUGGUCAUGACAUCUGCAUCAGGACUGAAACCGAUUUGUGAAUCAGGUUUGAGACCACUUUAUGAAUCAGAUUGUGGCUCAGAUUAACUGUAAAUCAUGCAUUUAGAGGGAAAUGGGUAAAAACAAUCAGAAAACUAAAUAUAUCUCUAAAUGUUUUGUUGUGUAAUUACAGUCCUUCUUAUGUAAAAAUAUAUACAAAUAUGAUUUUUGUAUUCCAGAGUAUCAGGGAAUUGUUAUAAUGUAGCCAGUUCAUUUCUACAUUCAUUUUAUUUGUGUACAACAAUAUUGUAGCCUAUACAGUGCAUUCGGAAAGUAUUCAGACCCCUUGACUUUUUUCACAUUUUGUUACGUUACGGCCUUAUUCUAAAACUGAUUAAAUAAUUGUUUUCCACAUCAGUCUAUACACAAUAUCCCACAAUGACAAAGGAAAAACAGUUUGUUAGAAAUGUUUGUAAAUUUAUAAGAAUAUACAAACAGAAAUACCUUCUUUACAUAAGUAUUCAGACCUUUCGCUAUGAGACUCGAAACUGAGCUCAGGUGAAUACUGUUUUCAUUGAUCAUGCUUGAGAUGUCUCUACAACUUUAUUGGAGUCCACCUGUGGUAAAUUCAAUUGAUUGGACAUGAUUUGGAAAGGCACACACAUGUAGGUAUAUAUAAGGUCCCACAGUUGACAGUACAUGUCAGCCAAAAACCAAGCCAUGAGGUUGAAGGAAUUGUCCGUAGAGCUCCGAAACAGGAUUGUGUUGUAGCACAGCUCUGGGGAAGGAUACCAAAACAUUUCUGCAGCAUUGAAAGUCCCCAAGAACACAGUGGCCUCCAUCAUUCUUAAUUGGAAGAAGUUUGGAACCCUCAAUACUUUUCCAAGAGCUGGCCGCCAGGCCAAACUGACCAAUCAGGGGAGAAGGGCCUUGGUCAAGAAGGUGACCAAGAACACAAUGGUCACUCAAACAGAGCUCCAGAGUUCCUCCGUGGAGAAGGAAGAACAUUCCAGAAGCACAAUCAUCUCUGCAGCACUCCACCAAUUAGGCCUUUAUGGUAGAGAGGUCAGACUGAAGGAGAUGAAAGAUGAAAGGAGCAAAGUACAGAGAGAUGCUUGAGGAAAACCUGCUCCAGAGCGCUCCGGACCUCAGACUGGGGUGAAGGUUCACCUUCCAACAGGACAAGAACCCUAAGCACACAGCCAAGACAACGCAGGAGUGGCUUCGGGACAAGUCUCUGAAUGUACUUGAGUCGCCCAGCCAGAGCCCGGACUUGAACCCACUCGAACAUCUCUGGAGAGACCUAAAAACAGGUGUGUCAAGCUUGUAGCUUCAUACCUAAGAAGACUUGAGGUUGUAAUCCCUGCCAAAGGUGCUUCAACAAAGUACUGAGUAAAGGGUCUGAAUACUUAUGUAAAUGUGAUAGCUCCAUUUUUAUUUUUAAUACAUUUGCUAAAAUGUCUACAACCUGUUUUUGCUUUGUCAUUAUGGCGUAUUGUGUGUAGAUUGAUGUGGAAUCAAAACAUUUGAAUCCAUUUUAG